GAGCGCUGGCUUUAGAAGCACAGCUGCAGAGAUUCCUAGGGGCAGAAGUUGUCUGAGAGCUUGGUCGGAAGCAGUAGGGCCAGAUCAGCGACUCUGCGACUUUUACAUCUUCACAUGGACGAGAUGGCAACCACUCAGAUUUCCAAAGAUGAGCUUGAUGAACUCAAAGAGGCCUUUGCAAAAGUUGAUCUCAACAGCAAUGGAUUCAUUUGCGACUAUGAACUUCAUGAGCUUUUCAAGGAAGCGAAUAUGCCAUUGCCCGGAUAUAAAGUGAGAGAAAUUACAAAACUCAUGCUGGAUGGCGACAGAAAUAAAGAUGGGAAGAUAAGCUUUAAUGAAUUUGUUUAUAUUUUCCAAGAGGUAAAGAGCAGUGACAUUGCUAAAACCUUCCGCAAAGCCAUCAACAGGAAAGAAGGGAUUUGUGCUCUGGGAGGAACUUCAGAGUUGUCCAGUGAAGGAACCCAGCAUUCCUACUCAGAGGAAGAAAAAUAUGCUUUCGUUAAUUGGAUAAACAAAGCUUUGGAAAAUGAUCCCGAUUGCAGACAUGUCAUACCCAUGAACCCAAAUACUGAUGACCUAUUCAAAGCAGUUGGUGACGGAAUUGUGCUCUGCAAAAUGAUCAACCUUUCUGUUCAUACAAUUGACCAGAGAGCAAUCAAUAAGAAGAAGCUUACACCCUUCAUCAUUCAGGAAAACUUGAACUUGGCCCUGAACUCUGCUUCUGCCAUUGGGUGUCACGUUGUGAACAUUGGUGCUGAAGAUCUGCGCGCCGGGAAACCUCAUCUGGUCUUGGGACUGCUCUGGCAGAUUAUUAAGAUUGGCCUGUUUGCUGACAUUGAAUUAAGCAGGAAUGAAGCACUGGCGGCUUUGCUUCGAGAUGGUGAGACUCUGGAGGAGCUUAUGAAAUUGUCUCCAGAAGAGCUUCUGCUGAGAUGGGCCAACUUCCAUCUGGAAAACUCGGGCUGGCAAAAGAUCAACAACUUCAGUGCUGACAUCAAGCUCCUUGACUUCAGUAAUUCAGUGAAGGAUUCCAAAGCCUAUUUCCAUCUACUCAAUCAAAUUGCACCGAAAGGACAGAAGGAAGGGGAACCACGGAUAGAUAUUAACAUGUCAGGUUUCAACGAAACAGAUGAUUUAAAGAGAGCCGAAAGUAUGCUUCAGCAAGCAGAUAAAUUAGGCUGCAGACAGUUCGUUACCCCGGCUGAUGUUGUGAGCGGAAACCCCAAACUGAACUUGGCCUUUGUAGCCAACCUCUUUAAUAAAUAUCCAGCACUAACUAAACCUGAGAACCAGGAUAUUGAUUGGACUCUUCUAGAAGGAGAAACUCGUGAAGAAAGAACCUUUCGUAACUGGAUGAACUCUCUUGGUGUGAAUCCCCAUGUCAACCAUCUCUAUGUUGACCUGCAGGAUGCCCUGGUGAUCUUACAGCUGUAUGAGAGAAUUAAAGUUCCCGUGGACUGGAGUAAAGUUAACAAGCCUCCAUACCCAAAGCUGGGCGCCAACAUGAAAAAGUUAGAAAACUGCAACUAUGCAGUUGAAUUAGGGAAGAAUCAAGCUAAAUUCUCCUUGGUUGGCAUUGGAGGACAAGACUUGAAUGAUGGGAACCCAACCUUGACCUUGGCCUUAGUCUGGCAGCUGAUGAGAAGAUAUACCCUUAAUGUUAUGGAAGAUCUUGGAGAGGGUCAGAAAGCGACUGAUGACAUCAUUGUAAACUGGGUCAAUGGAACAUUGAGUGAAGCUGGAAAGUCAACUUCCAUUCAGAGUUUUAAGGACAAGACGAUCAGCUCCAGUUUGGCAGUUGUGGAUUUAAUUGAUGCCAUCCAGCCAGGCUGCAUUAACUAUGACCUUGUGAAGACUGAGAAUCUAACAGAAGAAGACAAGCACAAUAAUGCCAAGUAUGCAGUGUCGAUGGCGAGAAGAAUAGGAGCCAGAGUGUAUGCUCUCCCUGAAGACCUUGUGGAAGUAAAACCGAAGAUGGUCAUGACCGUGUUUGCCUGUUUGAUGGGCAGAGGGAUGAAGAGAGUGUGAAGUAGCUAAUUAGAACAUUCCCAACCUUCCUCGCGGGUGCAUGAUUAGCAAGUCAGCUAGUCUCAGGUGAAGUGCACAUGGCUUCAGAAGUCUUGGUCAUUUAAAGGACUUUUAGUUUUGAUUAGCAAGACUAGUUAAUCAUGACGGCCUUCAGAGAAAGCAUUUUAGUAAACAAGCAGUUCCUCUUUCCUGUAGAGCUGGAUCUGUUCAGCACACCUGAACAAGCUCACAGCCAACCUUUUUGCUCUCUCCUCCUAGAAUGCUGCCCUUGACAUUCCGGCUUGCUUUGUAUUACCUAUGUAUCUUUUCCCUCCUGGGAUAUCCAUCUCUUGAGACUUGCUUAGAUGUGUAGAUAGGAAUAUU